UUAGGACAAACCCCCGGUGACAGGUUUCAGCAGGAGACAGAUACUGUAGGAUCGAUGACAUCGGCGCUCUGCAGGCUGGCGACUCCAGAGCAGAGUGCGAUCUCCACAGACCUGACAGAUGAGCGCCGAUAGAACGGAGCCGCCCCUGUUGGAUUUAGGAGAAGGAAAAAAAAGGUCCGGUUGUUAGAACCGGAAUGGAGCUGGAAGAGAGGGGUCUGCAGCUGCUUGAUGUCGCGGAACUGGAGGAGCCUCAGCGUGGGCUUCGGGUGCUGGAAUGGCUGCGACACCUGCGGAGAGUUCUCCCCGUUAUUACGCGGGCCGAAAUAAAGGAGAACCAGAAGCAGUUGAUUGAGCAAUUGUUACUUGUAAUGAUGGGCUUCCCUGGACCACCAGCUCGUCGCCUCUUGGCUUAUAAUUUGGCUUUUGUGUACAGCUCUGGAGAUACCUUCUCAGUAUAUGAAACUAUCGACCGAUGUAACGAUGUUAUUCGCAGUAAGGAUGAUUCUCCCAGCUACCUCCCAAGUAAACUUGCCGCUGUUGCCUGUCUUGGAACUCUGUACCAAAGGUUGGGCCGCCUUUUAGGGAGCACUUUCAGUGACACUGUGUCCAACCUGCUGAAAGUUCUGCGGAGUGCAGAGUCCCAAGGACGUUCAGAGAUCAUGUUAAGCCUUGAGCGAAUACUCACAGGCUUGGGAUCUGUAGCCAUUCCUUGCCACCGGGACAUUUACAAGGCAGCUCGUUCCUGCUUGACCGACCGUUCCAUGUCAGUGCGCUGCUCUGCUGCACAGUGUCUCCUAACUCUACAGAAGGAGGCAUCUUUUAUGUGGGGCUCUGAUCUUGAGAGUCUGGCUUCCAUUUGCUUCAAGGCUUUUGAGGGCAGCAGUUACGAUGUACGACUUGCAGUAGCCAGGCUGCUUGGAAAGGUGCUGGCCAGAGCCGUGCAAGGACCCUCUUCACCUAGACAAAAUGUCCGCAAGCUGUCACUGCAGGAGGCUCUUGGCUUGCUGUCCACUGGCUUCCUGCGGGGCAACUCUGGCUUUCUGCGAGGGGGAGGAGACAUGCUUGGAGGCGCCAGUGUGACUACACGUCAUGUGCGCCUGGGAGCAACACAGGCCUACAUUGUGUUUAUCAGAAUGCUAGGGGGACACUGGCUUGCUAGGAAUGUUCCUGUUCUUCUGUCACAUUGCUUAGAACUGGUAUCCAACCCUAAAGCCAUUCAGAAUCCAGCAGAUGCUGCCUGUUCCCGCUGCUGUAUUUCCUACAUACUGCGAGCCACAAUAGGGGAGCUCCUGGGAGAGAAGGCCCAGCUGGAAGCUGCACGUGAGAUCUGCGAGGUCAUCAGAAAGCUUAUGAAAACAGUAGAUGCUGUGCUGAGCGACAGUAACAUGGAGACACGUUUCUGUACCACUAACAUCUCUGCCAGUCAGCAUGUUUUAGUGUGCGCCCUACAGGAGCUUGGUGACCUUUUCCUUGGUUUGGGUACCAUUUUGGCUCCGCUGCUUAAAGACUCCAGCGCUGGAGUUCUGGACACUGUAUUAUCUGUGUCUCUUCAUCCUAGCCUUAGUGCCCGCUUGGCUGCUGCAUGGUGCCUUCGCUGUGCAAUUGUUUCCUUGCCCUCUCUUGCUGCCCCUGUACUAGACAGGUGUGCCGAACGGCUGACAGCCCUGAAAUCUUCUCCUGAAGCAGUGAGUGGCUACAGCCUCACUGCAGCAGCGCUACUUGGAUCCAUCAGGCUGUGCCCUCUUGGUCUUCCACAUAGUAAAGGGAAGGUUCUGAUGAGCCUAGCAGAGGACCUGUUGUGCUCUGCCUCCCAGAACAAUCGCCUUUCCCUGCAAAGGACACAGGCAGGCUGGUUACUUAUAGCCUCAAUCAUGACUUUGGGUCCAGCAGUGGUUCAGUCUCAGCUGGCCCGCCUCUUACUCCUUUGGCGCAGUGUGUUCCCUGUGACUCCCAAAGAUCUAGACACAGAGAGGAGAAGGGGUGAUGCUUUCACCUGGCAGGUGACUCUAGAAGGACGUGCAGGAGCACUGGGCGCCAUGCAAAGUUUUGUUUCACACUGUGGUGAGCUCGUGUCAGAGGAGGUUUUGCAAAGGAUUCUGCCACCCCUUCCCUGUGCCAUAGCUUUGCUUACACUACUUCCAUCACUACAAAAACUCUAUGGAAACUCCCUGAAGGCUUGUUCAGUUCUGUACAGACAGAGGCUUUACAAGCUGUUGGUCUUGCUGCCUCCCAAGACUUAUGAAGGAAGCUUCUGUGCCAUCAUAAAGGAGCUGGUUGCUGAUCUGACCUCCCCUGAUUACUCUCCUGGGGGGGCUGCAUUCCUGCUUUCAUCAGUUUGUCAUCCGGAUGAUCUGGUGCUCUUGGGACCCUCCUUUCAGGAAACCGACCAAAGGGCAAUGGAAGAGGAGCUCCUCCUCAGCAGUGGAAUUCCAGGUGGUUGUUUGGAAUAUGACCUUCAUGCCAUGUACCAAUUGCCCUCAGAAGGGGAGUCUGUGCCUAAGCCCCUGCCUUCAGCCUUCACGGUAAUUCAGGCUGCAUCUUUACUGUUUGGCAUCCUACUGGCACACAUGCCUGAAUCACAAAGACCUCAGAUAUUGCAGCAGUUGGUGGAGUCUAUUAAGCAGACCAAGGGCUCUCGUCAACAAAGUGUUCAAUUGUGUGCCCUGUCUGCUCUUUGCAACUUCCUUAAGCACUUAGCAUCCAGCCGGAGUAGUCUGGGGCCAGAGGAAAUGCGCAAACCAUGUAUCAGUCUUGUCCAAUCCGUGUUGGAGAGCAAUAGCCUGUGGCUCCGCUGUGCUGGAGUAGAAUCGAUGGCUAGGCUUGUUCAGGUGGUGGAUGAUCCUACAUUUACUUCUGGCCUAGUACAAGCCAGCUUUGACAAAUUAAAGACUGCUAGAGACGUUGUGUCCCGUACUAGUCAUUCCUUAGUGCUGGGCACGUUACACAGAAACCUUGGGGGAAUCAACUCUCCACAGCACCUUACAUCAUGUGUAGGUGUCCUACACUCUUUGUCUCAGGACACCACAUCUCCCGAAGUCCAGACCUGGGCUCUGCAUUCUCUUUCUAUCAUCAUUGAUUUAUCUGGACCCCUGUAUUAUGUGCACAUAGAGGCCACACUGUCCCUCCUUCUUAAUGCACUGAUCACUACGCCCCCGUCCCACCCUGAAGUCCACCGCAGCCUGGGCCGCUGCUUAAGUGCGCUUGUCACUACACUGGGCCCGGAACUCCAAGGUAAUGGGGCUGUGUUGUCGUCCCAGAGAAGCUCCUGUUUGCUGGCCUGCUCUGUGAUGCAGGAGAACCCAGACUGCUUGGUACAAGCUCAGGGUAUUGGCUGUUUGCAGCAACUGCACAUGUAUGCUCCAAAGCACGUCAACUUAUCCAGCUUAGUGCCUACUUUGUGUGAAGUCUUGCUGGAUAAUACUAUGUUGGUUCAUCUGUACAGCCCGCAUUUGCCUUUGCGCCGGGCUGUCUUGGCAUGCCUGAGGCAACUUGCGCAGCGGGAGGCAGCAGAAGUAUCAGAACAUGCCAUGGCUGUAGCCAAAGAAGGCCACGAGGACUUAAAAAUGGAUGUGAAUAUGAGGGAACUGGGCUUGGAAGGUGUUCUGCUGAGCCUGUUGGAUAGAGAGAGUGACCAACAACUGCUGCAAGAUGUGAAGGAGACAUUGCUGCACAUGCAGAACUGCACUGGACUUUCCCGUCUUUCCUUUUGGUUACGGAUGCUAAAAGACAUCCUUUCAGCCUCUGCAGACUUUGCAGCAGUAGCUUCUGUAGACACCAACCAGGAGGAAGAAGGUGAGGUGGCAUGCUCAGACUCAGUGUUGACUUCUCAGAAAGCAGAAACCUCAGGUUCUUCAGUUACCCCUCAUUGGAGGACCAGGGUCUUUGCCAUGGAGUGCGUCUGUCAGCUGAUGGCGCAGUGUGAGUUAGAUGGUGGAGCUCACUUUGACAUGACUCAGGCGCAGGAGAUGAAGCACAAGGAACCAGACAGGGAUUUCUUGGUUCUGCACCUGCAGGACCUGAUCCGCAUGUCAUUUAUGGCUGCCACAGAUCAUAGUGAGCAACUGCGUCUGGUUGGUCUUCAGGCCCUGCUACUUGUCAUUCAUAGGUUUGCUGCUGUGCCAGAACCAGAAUUUCCUGGACACCUCAUCCUGGAACAGUUUCAAGCUAAUGUAUUAGCAGCAGUGCGGCCCGCCUUCAACACAGAUACUCCUCCUGAUGUAACUGCUAGAGCUUGUGAGGUCUGCAGUGCAUGGCUAGCAAGUGGUGUGGUGAAGGAACCUGCUGACCUUCAAAGAGUCCAACAGCUGCUCCUAACUUCCCUGAAUAGAGUGCAGGUAGCAAAAGAAACUGCCAGUGUCUACAAUGAAAGCACAACGACCAUGGAGAUCCUGGCAGUACUAAAAUCCUGGGCAGAGGUAUAUAUAGCGGCUAUGGAGAGGCAGGUGACACAGAACAAAGUGACGGAGGCCCCAAAUGAAGCCCUUCUUUCACUAGUCCAGGCUGACUUGCUGACUCUCAGCAAGCUGUGGCUCGCAACAUUGCAAGAUCAUGCUUUACUCACACUGCCAGCUGAGUGUGCGUUUCAGCUGCCUUCUCAGGGUGGAGAUUUCUACACAGCUGAAACCAGUGUUUCUGCAAGGCCUCACUACCUCCUAUCCUGGGCCCCUAUCCUUCAUGCCUCCUCUCUGUGGCUCAGCACCUCUGGAUUCCUUAUUCCUGAUCAGGAUGAAGGGAACGGUCACUUGUCCCGCCCAGUCACUCCGACUUCUAUGGGGCUGGAACGAAGCUCACAGUCGGCAACCAAGUCCCCAGAAGAUCUAAAUUCAGAGAGGUUUCAUCUCAUUCUUGGUAUUAGUGUUGAGUUCCUUUGUUGCCCACCAGUAGAUGCACCAAUGGAGCGGAUUAUCUCCUGCCUUCGGGCACUGAAAGCACUACUGAGUGGCACCUGGGCAAAGGCUCAGAUAGGGGCUGAUCCGGACCUGGCCAUUGAGUUAAUUUCUGUGCUGCAUCGCUUGCUGCUGAUGCGAGAAUCUUCUGAGGUGCAGCUUCUAGUUCUAGAGGUUGGGAGGCAGAUCCUGAAUGCUGCGCAGGAUCAUGUGAGGGAGAGGCGAAGGAGUGCAGAGGUGGAUGAUGGAGCGGAAGAGAAGGAGAACUUGCCGGUGUUUGGCGAGGGACAUGAUACAGGUGGCCUGGUGCCCGGACACUCCCUGGUGGUUGCUGCAUUGGAGCUGUGCCUUUGUAUUCUUAUCCGACAAUUACCUCAGCUCAGUCCCCGCCUUUCUGGGGGGUCAUUAGGAAAAACGGAGCCUUUGUCACAUGAUGCCAGUCUGCUUGUUGCUUCUUCACUUGGCAUUCUGGCUGAGCUGCCAUCCCUGUGCUCUCCAGAAGGCAGUGUAUCGAUUCUCCCCACCUUGCUCUACUUGGUAGUCGGUGUACUGCAAGACACUACUGUGAAAUUCCCUGAUGGGCACCUGACGUUGCCAGUAACUGCUGCCCUUCAAGCACUUAAGGUUAUCGUAUCAUCGCCCAUGUCCCGGGUAGAGAAAUGCAGAGCAUCAUGGACCAGGCUUAUGCAAAGUGCUGCCUCCACACUACUCAACACCUGCCAAUCAGAACGGCAGCUGGUGCCAGACUCCAUCAGCUUUCUGACUGCUCUCACUAUCUUCCUGCUGUCGGCAAGUCCUGAAGUUAUGUCCGAGCCUGGAUUGCAGAACGCCUCUGUGCAGAGGUUUCAGAACUGCAUCGACAGCAAGGAUCCUACAGAGCAGUUAAAAUGCUACCGGCUUCUACUGUCCAUUUUCAAACACCCUGUGCCCAAAGUUGUAGCCCCGUAUGUGUGCAGCCUGGCUCCUUGUGUAAUGAGACACCUGAGACAGGCUGAGAGCAGGAAGCCACAGAGCAUGGAAGAGCUGCUGGUUCUUCAGGAGGGAGUGAACCUAUUAAAUACACUUGUGUCUGUCAUUGAGGAAGAGAACCGACCCUCCAUUGUUUGCAUGUUGCUGCACUUACUUAUCUCCUUCCUUCUGGAUGAGAAUGCACUUGGCUCUGCACCCCACUAUUCACGUGCUCUCCAUGACUUUGGCUUGCACAGCCUGACCAGUUUUGGUGCCUGCUAUCCUGCCCAGUUCCGCAAGUUGAUGAGUUCUUCCCCGGGCCUUCGAUCCCGCCUGGAAGCUGCUCUCCGGGGCAAUCAGGAGAGUUUGAAACCUAAGGCGUCCAACAGAGGCUCCAGGGGAGGAGGUCAUGGCUCCCCCAGCAUUCAGCUGAAGACCAAUUUCCUGUGAAAUAACUACUACUUCCCUUAUUUUUCUUUGAAAUGAAAGAACCUUCACUUAACAGUUACUUUUAAAGCCUUAAAGUCAGGUUAUUUGCCUUUUAAAUUUUAUUAUUUUAAUCAAUUGUUAGGCAGGCUUGCAAAGCAGGCUAUUCUUUCAGCUAUUCGUUUACAAUGACUAAUAUAUGCCUUUUUGUGUAGCACAGUAUACUAAGCAGUGAUCUAUCCCAAAUGCCUUACAGGGUUGAGUUGAUCAUGUGUGGAGACUUCUCUUUUAUCCAUGGCUUUCCAGUUGUUGUUAGAAUACAUCUCCCAAUAUUCUGUGAUAGCCAGUGGUUAAAGAUCCCUGCCAUAAGCAAUGCUGUGUUUUCUGCAUCUCUUAACUUUUAUAAGUCUUUAGGGCAAUGAUUGUGCGAUAGACUUAUAACACAAAAGGGCUGAGUUUUUGUGUAGGUGUUAUAUGAAGCAAUAGCAGUGAUUUAGUGAGCGGUUCUACAGGACCAGAAGUUUGAAUUAGUCGUCGCAUAGAACCUAUUUGUGUGAAUGUAUUUGCUGUGCCUCUCCUGUCUGCACUGUGUAGUAUUUCUGUGUUUUAAAUACUUUGAUGAUGUGAAUUUAUAUACUUGGCACAAAUUGCACAGAAAAGAAUGACUGAAGUUCAACACGUUUGAUGCGUGU